ACACACACUUCCAUUGGCUACUAAAAAGCUCCUGCUCAUUGCUUAAGCUUACGAUCCAAACUCUAUCACCGGGAAGUCAAAGAUUAGGGUUUCGGACCGGGGAGAUGAGAACUUUGGUAUCAGUUCUCUUCUUUCUUGCUAUCUUUUCAUGUGCUGCUGCAUAUGAUCCGUUGGAUCCGAAUGGAAACAUAACUGUAAAAUGGGAUAUCAUGUCUUGGACACCAGAUGGUUAUGUGGCGGCUGUUACUGUGAACAACUUCCAAAUGUACCGGCACAUCAUGAGCCCGGGGUGGACAUUAGGGUGGACAUGGGCCAGAAGAGAAGUGAUAUGGGCGGCGGUGGGAGCUGAAGCCACGGAGCAAGGUGACUGCUCCCGGUUCAAAGGGAACGUACCUCAUUGUUGCAAGAAAACCCCCACCUUUGUGGACUUGCUUCCUGGUGUUCCUUACAAUCAGCAAUUCACAAAUUGCUGCAAGGGUGGCGUGUUGUCCGCGUGGGGCCAAGACCCCUCGACCGCUGUCUCAUCCUUCCAGCUCAGUGUUGGAUCAGCCGGCACUACAAACCGUACAGUGAGACUUCCUAGGAACUUCACUCUGCUAGGCCCUGGAACAGGGUACACUUGUGGCAGGGCAAGGAUUGUGCCUCCCACAAUUUUUUUGACACCUGCCGGACGCCGCAGGACUCAAGCUUUGAUGACAUGGAACGUGACCUGCUCAUAUUCACAACUUCGGGCCAGAAAAUACCCAAGCUGUUGUGUCUCUCUCUCGUCCUUUUACAAUUCCACAAUCGUUCAUUGCCCUUCUUGCUCUUGCGGUUGCCAGGACAAGAGAAAUUGCGUCCAAAGUGAUUCCAAAAUGAUUAGCGUGGUUGAAGAUGACGCUAAGCGGAAAGCCAAUGCACGGCCGCUACUGCAGUGCACACGCCACAUGUGUCCGGUGAGAGUGCACUGGCAUGUGAUGCUGAAUUACAAGGAGUAUUGGCGCGUGAAGGUGACGAUUACAAACUUCAACUAUCGGAUGAACUACACGCAUUGGACUCUGGUUAUGCAGCAUCCUAAUUUCAACAAUGUCACACAAGUUUUCAGCUUUGAUUACAAGCCUCUCAUUGCUUACAGCUCCAUAAAUGACACUGGAAUGUUUUAUGGAUUGAAAUUCUUCAAUGACCGAUUAGUGCAAGCCGGGGAAUUUGGGUUCGUUCAGUCGGAGAUGCUGCUUCAAAAGGACAAGAACACCUUCACUUUGAGGGAAGGGUGGGCAUUUCCUCGCAAAGUCUACUUCAAUGGCGAUGAGUGCCAGUUGCCUCCACCUGAUGUCUACCCGUUUCUUCCCAAUUCUGCCCAUGAAAUUCUACUUUCCUUCUCAGCUUUGAUUUCGUCGUUCUUUUUCUUGUUUAUAGCUAUCUGAUGAUUUGGUUCCAUAGCUUCCACAAUCGUGAUCGACGCCCUAAAAUUUUGAAGCUAAGGUAUGAAGGAUAUUUUGCACAGAGAAUUGGAGCACAGAUACUUCCAAGUAUUCUUUGAAGAAGCAAACUUAACUUAUUUGUAUGUAUCUUGUGAAGAGAGACUGGACGAGUCUGGUAUAUGAAUUUCUCUGUUCAUAUAAA